UUGGCAAACUGCAGUCUCUCGUAUCUGUCUUCAUGCCGGUUUCAGAGAAAGCCACAGCACCAUCAUCGUCAUAUUACUCGUCGGAGCUGGAUCCACUGUUGAGCGAUCUUGCAGAGAGGAAGCUUAGAUUGAGGAGAAGCUUGGUUUGGUUGGAUGCAGAGCUCAAGGAUGCCAGGGCCAAGCUUGCCUCAAAGGAACAGUUGCUUGCUCAGGAAUCAGAAAACAGUAAGAAGCUUGCCGAGUCGAAGGCGAGAAGCAUGGAGGAGGAGGUGAGAAGGCUGAAGAAAUGUUUACAGGACAAGGAUGAGCAGCUGCGUGCAUCGUUAUGUAGCACUGAACAGUGCUUGCUUGUCCACAAAUUGGAUGUGCUUAGAUCACAGCUUUCAAUUACACAAGCCACUGGAGAAGCCAGUGCAGCAUCAGCCAUGUUGGCACAGUUGCAGUGCCUGUCCCUAUCAGGAGGGCAUGAGAAUGAGAAGAAUGUUUUGGGUGAAAACGAGCUUCAACUGAAGACGGUAGAGGAGCAGCUAGAUCUUGUACAGCAAUACCUCAAAACAAAAAAGCUCUCGCAGAUGGUAAAGCGAAGAGACAAAGCACUGAAGAAACUGCAAGGUCAGCUGCAGCUGAAGCAAACCGCUGGCUCCGGCGACAACCAGAACUUGUGGGAGAGCUCAGGCUUCAGGCUCAUAGCCUCCAUGUCAAUAUUGGCACUGGCUAUACUUGCAAAGCGGUGAACUGAACAAGUCAUUGCAAACAUCGAUGUGUGUGGAGUGUGUAUAGAGAUUUCCUUUUUUUAUUUUU